AUGGGAAAUUCACAGAAAUCAGCGCUCCCCAAAGAAACCCUGGAGGACCUGAAAGAGAACACAAGGUUCACUGAAGCCGAGAUCUUGCAGUGGUACGAGAACUUUCAGAAGCAGUGUCCCUCUGGUCGGAUCACGCUAAGUCAGUUUGUAGAGAUCUACGUUCGGUUCUUCCCUGACAGUGAUGCUAAAUCUUAUGCCCAGCACGUUUUCCGCUCCUUUGACACGAAUGACGAUGGGACGUUAGACUUUAAAGAGUACAUUGUUGCUCUUCACAUGACCUCUACGGGAAAGACGACCUUGAAACUUGAGUGGGCCUUCACGUUGUUCGAUGUGGACAAGAGUGGCUACGUCUCAAAAGCUGAAGUGGCUCAACUAUCUGAGGCCAUUUUCAAACUCGUACCCAAAGAAAAGCACGCAGAACUGCCCAGUGACGAAAACACAGCAGAGAAGAGAGCUGAAAAACUCUGGACUAUCUUUGGCAAAAAGGACAAUGAACGACUUGCAGAGGGUGAGUUCAUCCAGGCCGUAUCUUCAAGCGAAGUAGCGAUACGGCUAAUUCAGUAUGAACGUAAAUGA